AUGAUUGAUCGAUUACCAGGUGAAAUAUGGGAUAAAAUUGCCUUCAAUUUAUCUCAAGAAGAUAAAACAGCAUUAUCAUAUGUUUCUAAGAGCGUAAAUGACCUUAUAACACCUCUCUUAUAUCAGAACAUAUACCUCAACGAAAGAUAUUACUUUCCAAGUGAUUAUGACACUUCUCUGGGUACACAUCUAUGGUCAGUAUUAUAUUUUACAUUUCAAGAAAAGGAUCUGGAGAAGGACUUAGGAAUGACUAUAAGGGCUAAACAGAAGUUUCGGGCAUUAGUUAGAUCUUUAACUGAAUCUCCAUUAAGAUUGUGUCCUAUGAUUAAAAGGGUACAUUGUACGUGGCAUCUCGACCAACCAACCCUUAUUUCAUUUUUAACUCUAUUAAACAAGUAUAACAGCAAUUUAUUAUCAUUUGAAAGUUUUAUAAAAGGUGAGAUUUGCCCGUAUUUAUGGAAACAUGCAUCUUCAAUACAGACACUAAAUCUAACACCACCUGAUAUGUUACCAAAUCCAGAAGCAGCUGAUGAGCAAUAUUUUCAGCUAACAAGAAACAUUGUAAAAAAAUAUAAUUUUGAUAAUAUACAGGAUUUGACUAUUCAUAUUAACCCAUUAAGCUUCUUUGAAAAAGGUAUGAAAAAAAUUAAAAUACGAUCUCUUUGUUUAAAUUUGAGGGAUGACACUUUGAAUGCUGAACCUGUUGAUGAUUCUGUUCAUUAUUAUGAUAUAUUUGAUAUUAAUUCUCUAAAAGAACUAGAAAUGUUGUCCUGGUAUAACGAAAGUUCCUCAGAUGUUAAUAUAUAUAACAAAUGGAAAUUAUAUGAUUUUUUUGAAUUUGAAAAUAUUGAAUAUUUAUCACUUUUAUCGUUAUUUAAGAAUGAAGAAUUCAUUCAAAAUUGUAUUAAAAAAUUUUCAAAAUUAAGGAAAUUAAAAAUUGAUUUUAUGUUUGAUGCUACCAUCAGCAAGAAUACUUUGGAUCUUAUGAGUAGAAACAAAUGUUCCAAGACGAUAAGAUAUAUUGACCUGAAAAUAGAAGAGAUAGAUAUCCCGAUAUUAUCUGUUAAUGAUGAUGAGAUAUCUAAUUUUAAUAUACAAGUAUCCUGCAAAUGUGAUGAUUGUAAAAUGACCUUGGAUAAGAUUAUAAUGAAAAAAUACUUCCCAAAUUCAGAUUCAUUUAUAAUUAAGGAUUUUCACGACAUCGAACAAAAAAAUUUCAUUUUACAAAUGUUUAAAUUAUUUACAAUAAUCCCGUACUCUGCAGGGUUUGAUGAAUACCCAUCAAUUGGGUUUUAUUCGAGACCCUUGGAGGAUUUCGUGAAAAAGAUAAAUUCUUUAUUGAAUCCCGAAUCAAAUAGCAAUAAUAAAACAGAGAGAGAUAUUACUAAAUCAGAUGUAAUUAGAAUUUAUCACAUGUAUCUACACUCCAUGAGAAAAUCUUUCGAUUACUUUGUUUCAAGGUUUAAAAACUUGGAAUUUCUAAUUGUUAAUGAUGUUCCAACUAAAGUCAUCCAAUAUGACGAAUUUCAACGAUGCAACGUCCCUCUGUUUCAUUACUAUGGGUAUAAAAGUAAUCAAGUCUAUGAACUUGUCAAUGACGAAUCUCUAUUUGAUUGA